AGCAGCUCGAACGUAAAGUGUUCGGCUGUCUCCGUCAAUCACGUGACCGUACACUGCCUCCAUCGUGACUGUCCGUCCAAACUAGUCUCCCUUCUUAGCACACAGGACGGUUAGCACCAUCAGCGGUAACAUGUUCCGAGCCGUGUCCCGACUAUCAGCCACGGGGGUCCGGAGCUUGGCUCGGUCACGACCCUGCUACUCAGGUAGGACUGUCCUCGGUACCCCCUGUGUGGAGUUUCACAGCUUCAGUUAGAGAGGUUCUGUCAAUGGGCUAACUCAGCUAGCCGCUUAGCUUAGCUACAGCUGGCUGUAUGUGUAUCGGCUAACUUAGGGUGACAUUGAAUUGUAUUUUUGCUUUGCGCUCCUUUUAUCCUUGUUCUAAUAUUAACCUGUAUUUCCGUCUUUUAUUAAACAUUUCAAAUGAGGAGGCGCGAAAUGAAAUGUAGUUAAAAAGCCACGACCUUGUGAUGACCCUCCUCAGUUAGUUGAAGAGUGUCAGUCAGCGCAGAUUAAACGCAGCUCUUAACAACCAGGAACUGGACAUUAACGCUCUUCUCUAUCCAUGAUUUAAACACGUUUACAUUAAACCUUAGCCACAGCACUUUUCAUGAUUAUAGACAUGGCUACGUUUCACAUGUCGAGGCUUUUAAUCCUCAAAUCUUCCGUAUAUUUGCCACCUAUUAUUAUGUAAAUAUGCUGUGUGUACGUGACCUCUCCUUCUUCCUUUGUCAGGGCUUCAUCUAUUAGUUUACAGUUGAUCUAUGCUGACUAUUUGAUGUCUCACAACAUUUAAUGUCCUUUUUUUUCCCAUUUCACCUCAAAUCUAAUAUUGAGUGUUAGUGAGAUGUGUUUGGUAAGCGAUAUAGAUAAAUUGAGGUUGCAAUUGUUGUCUUGUAGACGUUUCCGGUUGGUUUCAUUUUUGUAUCACAUUCAAGGUGCAUUGUAAAAGUUGUGUGACUGGUUGCCCAUACUACAGACUAUUUUAAGAGAAUGAAACCAACCUCGUAUAAUAGAAACCCAUGUUGUGAGAGACUGUUAGAUGUGAUUCACCAGCCCAAAGUGUCAACGGCAUCGAUGAAGGCAGAGAAGAUGAAAAUAUUUUGCUGUCAAAAGUUACUUCAUCAAGGUGCUUUAUGACUCACAGCUUUGCAUGUUUUUUAAGCGAGAUGAUCUUCACACACUCAGCUGUUCUCUCACACUCAGUGAUUUUUUCUGUUUCGAGACACUCAAGUAUUGAAGCAUUCACAGCCUUGUUCACAUCCUUCAGAAGAAAUUCAAUUAUUUCAAUGAAACUUGUCCUCAUUCAACAAAACAAAAACACUUGUUUUCUACAAAAUGUCACUUCUUUGAAAAAAGGUUCAGUGAAGUCCCAAAUUUAGACAUAAAUCUCUUGUUUGCAGCUCCAUUGGCCUCCAGAUGUUACUCCCAUGGCAAAGUGGAGACAGACGAGGAGUUUGAUGCUCGCUGGGUGACUUACUUUAACAAGCCUGACAUAGAUGCCUGGGAACUGAGGAAAGGUGACCAUGAACACUGUUUAAUUAUUUCUGCUUGUGACUUUACCUCUUUGUUGUUUUGUGGUUGUCCUUUGUGAGUCAUCUUGAAGACAUUUGGUAAAAACACAGUUUUUUGGAGGUUAUAAAAUGUUUUUUUGUCCAGAUACAAGUAAUGUGGUUUAAAAUGCUUUCAAGUGCUGCUUUUUCUUUGUGUUUCUGUUUGUAUUUACUCUCAUAAUUGUUCAUCCUUUGAUAUAAUAUGCUUUAUGGUUUGUGCAUACUGCAAGGUAUGAACACCCUGAUUGGGUAUGACUUGGUACCUGAGGCCAAGAUCCUGGAUUCAGCACUUAGAGCUUGCCGGAGACUGAAUGAUCUGGCCAGCGCCAUCCGCAUCCUUGAAGCCGUUAAGGUGAGUGCAGUCCCUUCACAAGUCCCCUUGGUAUCAAUUGUUGAUGAUUUCCACUGUGACUUCUUCUGACAGACCCUGAGCCUGACUGAGAUCUUAGGAAAAGUUUUUCUUUGUCACUGUGCUGCACAGACAUCCAAAUCAAUCAUUUUUACACAAGUUGUAUUGUGCAAGUGAAAGAGUGCAGUUAAUUAUCUAAUGAGAAACACUGUUGUUUAAAAAACUAAUGAGGGUAUGAAAAAAUGGGGUAAUAUGUAGAACACCAGUGAUUUUAUUGUAAUUCUUGUGUUUUUGCAGGACAAAGCUGGCCCCCACAAAGAAAUCUACCCCUACCUGAUGCAGGAGCUCAAACCCACCCUGUCAGAACUGGGCAUCUCAACACCAGAGGAGCUGGGCAUUGACAAACUAUAAGCCGUCUAAAGAGAUGAUCUCUCAUGUCAUAUAUGUCUAUAUUGUUGAUUAAACCCAUGCUAUCCUGUUGUGUACAAAAUGGUACCUAAUAAAGUAAACCAGUACUUUAAGCACAACCUAAGUGUUUUUGUUCUAGUUGAGUAGAUAAUGUAGAUUUUGAACAACAGGAAAUCACUGUGAAUAGUCAAAUCAAUGUUGGCUGUAUUCCUUGUUGUAGUUUGCUGCUCAUGUUUCUUGACUGACAGAGAUUAUGGACUACUUACAUGGAAUGGGGUCAUCAUUAAUGUUAGUUUGAAAAGGUCUUAAAUGUUCACUGUGUGCUAAGGUCUAAUGUUUGCAACAAACAACUCAUUCCUCUCUGUGUAAAUGGCUACAAUGAUACUCAAAAAGAUCAUUUACCACUAGAUUUGCUCUGUUUAUGCUACGGAAGCCAGGAAUACAUUUACCACAUUUGUAUGAUUAAAAAGCCAAAAAAAAAGAAGGUCCAGUUAAACUGAAACAGAUGACCAGAUUGUUGUUCUGACACUUUUUUUAGUACAACCUAUUCUAAUUUCCCAACUCUUUGAGCUGUAGUUGCUCUUCUGUUGGGUCAGCCCACAUGGCUAGGGUAGGAACCACCACUGGCUUCAUGAUUCAAAAUUCACACAAUACAUAAGUCUUGAUAACAGAUACACAUGUUUUAACAUUUUGUGAUAUACUGAAUAUUGCAUUACCAUAUGUCACAAUAUAUCUCUUUAUUAUCAUCUUUAAAACUGCACACAGUACCAACAAAAGUAAAUUUGAUCAAAUUCUUAGGAGUCAGAGGCUAUUUUGUUUUUCUUCCCUGCCAUGACCUGUUUUACUCAGCAAAGUCUCACCUUAAUGACUUGACAUCUAGUUUUUCACUCUGACAUCCUCAAAACACAAAAAAUAUCAAAUUGGGAUAAAACAGUGUUCUUUUUUUUAUCAAAAAAACAACGACAACAACACACAAAACAUGGACAAGCAUAAAACAUCCUCAGAAGCAUUUUGAAGGUAGAAAAUGUAUAAUGUGACACAUUUGAUGGGUAAAAGGCAAAUAAUUACAUUUACUUGUGUUAUUGUAAUGAAGAAGCUUUUUCAGUAAUUUUUUUUUAAUUAGGACUUUAGCUUAAUUAUUUCUUGCCGAAAGUAUCCACUGAAAAAAAAUAGCUGAAAACACAUACACUUUUCAGCAACUGCACAACAGCCAGCUGACUGUAUGACUUCUACAUUGCAAAAUAAAAUAAAAUACACUUAAAUAAAAUAAAACCAUCUGAAGUGAUGUAUCCAAAUUCAAAUUUUAUCUCAAGAUGUUUGAGGCCAGCUUUUUAUCUUCAGAAUUACAAAAAGAUCUAUACUGCAUAUUCAUGGCCUGCUAUCCUGAGAGUGAAUAUUUUACAAAAUAGAUCAAAGGUUAAAUUAAGACGAAAGCAACACACACAACUAUUCAAAAGCAUUAGUUGAGCUGAGGCAGGUUUUGAUUAUGAAUUUUAUUUGUAAAUUUAUUUUUUUUAUCUUUGGCGUCCUUAACAGUUGUAUUAACUGUUGUCACAGGACUUGCAUUUCCACAGUAAAAGGUUUCUUUUUGUCCACUUGGUGGCAGUAUUGGUUAGUCCUACAGUGUUGUUUAGCUUUCUUCAUCUCCUUAAACCCUGGUGAUGGCCGUAGGUAUGUGGAUAGGAAUUUACAGUCUUUAGCUGACUGCACACAGCUGUGACACCAGCUCAACCAGGAAGUUGUUGUGUGCCAUGAACUGUACCUGUUUUGUGUUGUUGAUCUUACUGGAAAAAAAAAAAAGAACU